GUACCUGUGAUGUAGCGCGGGGAGGGGGGAGGGAGGCGUGCAGCGGAGGGCACACGCGCGCAGAAGAGGUGACCUUCCCGAGAAGCUGCGAGCGGCGAGGAUGUUUAGCAAGUACUUGGGCCCCCGUUACGUGCAGCUGUUGCGCAGCUGGGUGCCUACAAUGGCAACGUGGACCUCUGUGGGUGCCGUGGGGGUGGUGUGGAUGACAGACUGGAGGCUGAUUCUCGAUUACGUCCCUUGGAUCAACGGCAAGUUUAAGAAAGAUGACUGAGAUGCUGCCCUUCCCGACAGGGCUACACUGCCUUGUCUCGGGGUAACCUUCUUCCCCCCUUGGAGUUCCUAAUCUGUGAAUCCCUGAAGCUGCCUGGUGCCAUCUUCCCAGAAAGGAUGUGAGAAACCUCAAUUUUUCUCCUCCUCGACAGGCAGAUGCUGCACGACGACGCCUGGAGAAAAAAAACCAAAAAUGAAUAAAACCUGUUUUAGCACGGAAGGGGAUGUGCAUUUCUGUAGACAUUUUCCUUCUCUGGGCUUCAGUCAGGAAGUCUGUUGUGCGGAUCUAAGCAUCACAUAACCUUUUGGCUAAUGUUGAGCCUUUUUGUAUAAUUUAAAAUGUCAGUUUUCUUUUACAA